AUGGCUGUACUAAGGCCAGGCCAGGGCACUCGUGGCAAUGUGGCCGAGUGGUUAGCAUUUCAAGCUCCCAAUCUGUACUGUCACAAUUCGACUCCCGCUGAGGGUGUUGAUAAGACCAAUGCGAGGUCGAAACUGCAGUACACUGGUGCCUGGAUGAGAACAACUUUUGGGAAAGUAAGGCUAUGUGAAAUUGAAUGA